UUGAUAUUUCCAGUAUUAACUGAAAAAAUGUCUGCAACCUUUAAAAAUGCAAAAAAAAAGCUGUCUCAGUCGGAUUUGCGCAAAAUCAUGAAGGAACACCAAAAAAAGCCCAAUGAAGUGAAGAAAAUUGAUUCACCACUUGCAAAAUAUAAUGAACAUGGACAAUUAACGUGUGUGCUGUGUCAGUCAAUAGUAAGAUCGGAGGCAGUGUGGACAAUUCACAUCAGCGCCAAGCAACACAAGCAAAACGUGGAAAUGGCGAAGAAAUUGAAAGAAAAAACUAACAAUUUCACCACUCCACUUAAGAGACCUCUUACUCCACCUUUGCCGGACAUUCCAGAUAAAAAAUUAAAGAGUAUUUUAAAGAAUGGGAAUCAGACUCAAACUAUAGAUCUACCAGUUACAAGAGCUCAUCAAAAUCUUCCUUCAGACUUUUUCGAUAAUAAUAUUAAAACCCCCACAAGUGCACCAAAAAACAAAGUAGAAGAACAAACGGAAACCUUACCUGAAGGCUUUUUUGAUGAUCCAAAAUUAGAUGCAAAGGCACGAAAUCAGGAAUAUAAAGACCCUGGGGAAGAAGAAUGGGAGAAAUUUGUGAAAGAGAUAAGGGAAGCUGAUAAUGCCAGUGCUGCUAUCAUUGCUGAAGAUCAGGAAGAGUCAACUACUGAAAGACAAAUUGAUGAAAUUGAUGAACAAAUGAAAAAAUUAAAUAAGGUACUGGAUUUAGAAAAAAAGAAGGCUAAAGUGGUAGCAGCAUUUAGUGACGACAAAAAUAAAAAUAGUGAAGAAGAUGAGGAACUCCUCGACAAUGUUGAUUUUGAUGAAUUUUUAGAUUGGAGGAAAAAACAGUCAUUUACUUAACAGCUUUUGUUGAUUAAUGUGUCUUAAUUAUGUACAUAUUUUAAAAUAAAUUACCUAAUUAUUGGUUUA